GAUUGCGUGACACUUGGUGUAGGCAGAAAAUUGUUCACUUUGGUAGUUGGUUCUUGCCGUUUUGUCCUUGUGUUAAGAUCUAUAUUGCUUUCUUUUUGUUCAAGCAACUACUUUAUUUAGUAUCAUGAUUUGGUAGGUAACACUUAAACUUUACUAUAAUGCUGCACCUACACUGGAUCUAGUGAUCCUGGAGUCUGAAAUGAUUUAUUUGUGUGUGUGUGUGUGUGUCUGUAUGUAUUUUCCUUAUCAGAGAUAGUGACCGGAUAAAUCAUCAACUGUAAAAAUUCUUGAUCUGAAUGCUGAAGCGUACACUGAAAUGGAUGGGAAUUGGAUCAGGGAAGAAGACAAGGCAGGUAAGCACACGGUCAUGAUGGUGAUGGAGUUUAAAACAUCCAUUCUUACCACCGCCGUGCUGGCCGUCCUCCUUUGCUCCCCGGCAUUAGCUCAGAAGAGCCCAUCCGUGUCGCUUCCCCCCAGCACCUCACCGGCGCCGGCGCCAGCGCCGCACUACGUCGACCUGGCGGCGCUCCUGAACGUGGCUGGCCCGUUCCACACCUUCCUCAGCUACCUGCAGAAGACGAACGUGAUCGAGACCUUCCAGAGCCAAGCCAAUAACACCGACGAGGGCAUCACCAUCUUCGUCCCCAAGGACUCUGCGUUCUCUGCGCUCAAGAAGUCCACCUUCUCCAACCUCACCGGCGAUCAGCUCAAGCAGCUGCUCCUCUACCACGCCUUCCCAUACUACUACCCGCUGUCCACGUUCAGGAACCUCAGCGCGCUCAACCCGGUGAACACGUUCGCCGGAUCGCCCUACACGCUCAACCUCACCGAUGACAUGGGCAGCAUCUCCGUCCAGUCCAUGUGGUCCAAGCCCAAGAUCUCCAGCAGCGUCUACGCCACUGAACCCGUCGCCCUCUACUCCAUCGACAAGGUUCUCCUGCCCAUGCAGCUCUUCAGCAAGGACCCGCCGCUGGCGCCGGCGCCGGCGCCCGCACCACAGUCCGGGGCGUCCGAUCUGGCACCCAGCCCCGGCGGUGGUAAAGCGGGAGGAAACGCCAAGGCCGACUCGACGAGCGAAGCGUACCGCGUCGGUGUCAAUGGGCUGCUUGCUACCGUGGCAGGUUGCUUGAUGCUCAUGUGGUGAUGAGAGAAAAGAUCGAGGGUUGGCAUUUGUAAGCGCUUGAAAAUUUGAUUUUGAGUUGGUUCAUGGAGUCAUUCUUUUGGACAUAGUAGGCAUGGUAUUAGAAAUGAAUUGGAUUAUAUACGUCAUAUUACUCUCAUAAUCAUGACCAUUACUCAUAAAUCGAUGGAUGGAUGAAUUCUGAAAAA